CAUGGAGCUACCAGUACGAACCACAUGUCGUCAACUUACAACUCCAAAUCUUUCCAACAUUCUAUCUCCCCUCCCCCACAAGUAACCCCUCGAACGCUGCAAUGCCCACACCACUUCUCGAAACCCCAGUAUUUCCACCACAAUAAAAACGUACAUACGCAGCAAUGAUAACAUCGGGCUUCACGAAUGCGCCCGUAUCGCAAUUCCUCGUCUUCGCUACUGUCCUCGGCGCGCUCGCCGCCAGCUUGACCGACACGAGGUACCUGAUACAUAUACAGGUCGUCCCGCACAUCUGGGGCUACGGACAGUUUUGGAGGUUUCUGACCUGGCAGAUAACGUUCACGAAUUCGACGGAGGUACUAUUCGCGGUACUUGGUUUCUACCAACUGCGCGUCAUCGAGCGACUAUGGGGCAGUAGGAAGUUCGCCUCCUUCCUCAUCUCCACCCUCCCCUACACAACCCUCCUGCCACCCCUCAUCCUAACCCUCGUCCUCCGACCCUUGACAUUCGGCCGCAUCAACCACCUCCCAGCCGGCCCGACGCCCAUCAUCUUCGCCCUCCUCGCAAACUACUACGCCGCAAUCCCGUACACAUACCGGUACCGCAUUUCACCGUACUCCUCCUCUCCGUCCCCCUCCUCGGCCCCCUCGAAUGCAGGACAAUCUGGGCCGACAACGGCGGCGGCAGGCGCCAGCGCGAGCAGCAUAUGGCAGCGCAGCAUAACGCUGACCUCGAAGUCGACGUCGUACCUCGCGCCGCUGCAGCUCGCGCUCUCGCAGUUUCCGGGCUCCCUGCUCGCCGCCGCGGUGGGCUGGGCAAUCGGCACCGCGUACCGGCGCGACGUGCUGCCGUACGCGACGACGGCGUGGCGGGUGCCCGGGUGGAUCGUCGGGGAGGAGAGGAAGAGGGGGUUCGAGGGCCUGCGGGCGAGGCUGGAUGCCGAGAGGGAGAGGGAGGGGGGCGCGUCCGGGUUGGCGAGUGGGAUUCUGGCUGGGGAGACGGGCGAGGCGGGCGAGGCGGGCGAGGCUAGGAGGAGAGGUGCUGGUGCGGGGGGACAGCAGCAGCAGCAGAGGAGGACGCUGGGGGAGAUGGUCGCGGAGCAGUUUCGUGGGAGGGGGUGAUCUGAUCUUAUCAUGUCUACUCUUAGGACGAGCGUGUUAUUUACGAUUGCAGAAUUGGCGAAAGAAGAUGAUAAAAAGAAAAUCGGGAGAAGAAGCACAAUCUGUGGAGCAUAUUGUACGAUAAAGACCAUAGGAAACUAUACCUCGCGCAGCGGAACAGUCCAAUAAAUACACGGGACGAAACUUACAUUUUGAAAAGUGUAACUACGCACAACGUAUCGCGAUCACAAUGUCUCUGUCCUAUCAUACACAUGUUUCUACACGUUAUGGCCUUCAUCUUCCCCUCAAUCAACGUAAAGCGA